CCAUGUGUCAAUGUUAGUAGAUAGUGGAGCUAAUGUAAGCAUUUUAAAUAAAGAGACAAUAGAAAGGCUUCCAUAUUCAGAUAGACCUGUAAUAUAUCCUGUUCAAACUUCACUUAUAUCAGUAACAGGGGAGUCAACUCCAUUUUUAGGAAAAACAGAAAUUGCUAUAAAAAUAGGUAGACAUAGUAUUGUACAUACAUUUUUAAUUGCUGAAAUACAGCAAGGUGGUAUACUUGGUGUAGAUUUUCUAUUACAAAAUCAGUGUGACAUAAUAUUCAGUAAAAAGUAUAUAACCUUAAAAGGGGAUAAGAUACCAUGUUAUAUGCACCAAAAGGAUAAUGAAAACACAUGUUGUAGAAUAGUUGUAGCUGAGACAAUAGAAAUACCUCCAGAAACUGAAAUAAUUUUAGAGGGUAAACCUUUAGAUGCAGUAGACAAGAAUAGUUCAGCUAUAAUAGAGGCCAAUACAAAUUUUGUAGAAAAAUCUGGUUUACUGGUAGCCAAAACUUUAGUAAAUCCUAAUACAGGUAAUUUUCCUAUUAGAAUUGCUAAUUUCAAUUCAGAACCUUGUAAAAUUUAUAAAAAUACAGUUGUGGGUAAUUUAGAGUCUGUAACAGUGAAUGAGAACAGUUUACCUAAUAAAUUCAGUGUAUGCAGUAGCAAAGAGCAUGUCGCAAGUCCAAACAAUACUGAAAUACCAUUACAUUUAAAUGAUCUUUUUGAAAGGUCCUCUAUUCAUUUAAAUAGUGAGGAAAAAGCUAAACUUAGGCAAAUUUUAGUAAGAUAUCAAGAUGUAUUCUCUAAAAAUGAUAGAGAUAUAGGUCACACAAAGUUAGUGGAACACCAUAUAGAUACUGGUAACAGUACCCCUAUCAAAACCUAUCCUUACAGAAUACCUCUAGCAAAAAGAGAGGUGGCUGAAAAUGAAAUAAAGAAAAUGGUUGAAGACGGGAUAAUCGAACCAGCUUGCUCACCUUGGUUAUCACCUAUCAUUAUGGUUACAAAACCUGACAAGUCUGUUCGUUUCUGUUGUGACUUUCGCAAAUUAAAUGAAGUUACAAUAAAAGAAUACCAACCCUUGCCUAGAAUUGAAGAUAAUCUUGACGCUUUAUCAGGUUCUAAAUGGUUUUGUACUUGUGACUUGUCAAAAGGUUUUUGGCAAGUAGACAUUGAUAAAGAGAGUAGACCGAAAACAGCUUUUAGUCUUCAAGGUGGUCAACAAUGGCAGUUUAAAAAGUUAGCAUUUGGUUUGUCUAAUAGUCCAAGUGUAUUCACACGACUAGUACAAAUGGUUUUUAAGGGUCUUAUCUGGAAAACUUUAGUUUUGUAUCUAGACGAUAUAAUUUUAUUUGCAAAGACUUUUGAUGAUACUUUAAAACACCUUGAAGAAGCUUUACAGCGAUUAAAGCAAGCAAACUUAAAAUUAAAUCCUAGAAAAUGCCAUUUCUUUCAAAAGCAAGUAACAUUUUUGGGUCAUGUUGUAAGUGAAGAAGGGACCUCCACAUGUCCAGAAAAAGUUAAAAGUGUUAAAGAAUGGCCCACACCAAGAAAUGUUAGAGAUGUUAAGAGUUUCCUGGGACUUGUUUCAUUUUACCGAAAGUACAUUUAUCAAUUUUCGAACAUAGCAAAACCCUUACAUACUUUAGCAGAAAAAGAUAAGAAAUUUGAAUGGACAAUAGAAUGUGAAAAUGCAUUUCAAGCUUUGAAAACAGCUUUGAUAACAAGUCCUAUACUAGCUUUCCCUACCCAAAAUGAUUAUUUCAUACUUGAUACGGACGCGAGUAAUUCAAGUAUGGGAGCGGUGCUCCAUCAAGUACAAGACGGAGAAGAAAAAGUAAUCGCGUAUUUUUCUAAGUGCUUUUCAAGAUCCGAGCGUAACUACUGCGUGACACGCAGAGAAUUACUGGCUGUCGUUACUGCGGUAAAACAUUUCCAUCAUUAUUUAUACGGAAGAAAAUUCACUAUUCGUACAGAUCAUGCGAGUCUAAGAUGGCUUACCAAUUUUAAACAAUUAGAGGGUCAGUUAUGUCGUUGGGUAAGCAUUUUAGAAAAUUAUGACUAUGAAAUAAAGCAUAGACCAGGUAAAAUACAUGGUAAUGCUGACGCAUUAAGUCGUCGUCCCUGUUAUAACAAAAAUUGUUCAUAUUGUGAACGUGUUGAAGAUAAACAUGAUCAAAAUAACAAAAAGGUGUUAUGUACUGAAAAUGUUUCUGUUUGUCCUGUCUUUCAAAACAAACCCAGCGCUAGUGAAAGCCCAGUAAAUACUACUCUGAAUCAAGGAAAAAUCACCACUGAAAAGUUAAUAUUAAGUCUUAUCUUAAUAAUAGUGGUAGUUACCCAAAUUCCAAUUUCUAUUACAGUUGCUUUUUGUCUUAUUUUACUAAAUGUGACAAGUAGGGAUAUAUGUAAAACUUUUUGUGUUAAUGUCUGUACCGACAGAGAUAAAAGUGCAGAUUUAGUUACUAUACUAAAUAAUAGUAAGUUCAAUUGUCAAGAUAAGGCUUCCAAGAAUUGUUGCAUGGUGGUCAGUCAAACAAUGUCUGGCGCAACAAUAGAUUAUGGAAAACCUUCGCUGACUGAAAAGGAAAUUAAUAGGACAGGAUGCAAAGAACCUGUCAAGUCUCAAGGUCAAAGUAGUGAAAUGUUAACUAUAGGGGUCAGGUCUGCCAAGUCUGACAGUAACACUUCACAUGAAUGUUUACCAGGUCCGUCCAAUAAAGAUAGUAAUGUCUGCUUGAACAAAAAUAAGGAUAGCUCACACACAAACCUAAAUAAACCAUCAACAAGCACCAAACAAUCAGAUAAUGAAUUCAAACAUACGCAAAAUUCUGAAGACAACAGUGACAUUGAUAUUAAUGAAUUAAAUUUAGAGCUCUUAGCCAAGAUGCAAAGAGAAGAUUCAGUAAUUGGUCAAGUGUCCGAAUGGGUGUUGUCUGGAAACAAACCAAAUUGGAAUAUGGUAUCUAAAUAUAAUGCCGAAUAUAAGUAUUAUUGGUAUAGGUGGGAAUCAUUGAUAAUUAAAGAAGAUAUCCUUUACAGAAAAUGGGUUAGUGACAUAGAUAACUCAGUGGAAUAUCAGAUUAUUCUUCCUAAAGUCCUGAUUAAACAGGUAUUAACACAAAUGCAUAAUUCAACAACAUCAGCUCAUUUAGGUGUGAAGAAAACAAUAUUUAGGGUUAGACAAAGGUUUUUCUGGUAUAGCUUACGAAAAGAUAUUGAAGACUGGAUUAGAAAAUGCACUGUGUGCGAGUCCAGAAAACCGACUCGUCAGAAACAAAAAGCUUAUAUGAAACAAUUUGUCACCGGAGAAAGAUGGGAAAGAAUUGGGGUAGACUUUGUAGGUCCUUUAGGGAAAACAGAAAGAAAUAAUUCAUAUUUAAUGGUAGUAACUGAUUAUUUCUCUAAAUGGGCCGAGGCAAUCCCAUUACCAAAUAUAGAAACUCAAGUAGUAGCAGAUGCACUCAUAUCAAAUAUUUUUCAAAGAUUUGGAAUACCUUUAAGUAUACAUACAGACCAAGGUCCACAGUUUGAGUCUAAUCUUUUUAAAGAACUCUGUCAACUGUUUGACAUUAAAAGAGCUCCUCUUGUAGACAAUCCUGAAAAAGAAAACAGGUAUGCCAGUGAUUAUAAACCCUUUGAAUGUAAGAUUUGUGGAGAUAUCUCCUUUACAACCCGAAGCAGAUGUUACAGUCAUAUUCUAGAACAGCACUCUGGCGUGACAUGGAAGUGUCGAUUCUGUUGCAAGGUCUAUCAUAGAAACACACCGCAAGCAAAUACCUGUCAUGACAAAAAGGAAAAUUAUAUUAGGUUUGUCCAGGCUACAGGUGAAAGAGGGAAAGAAGCUGAUGACAUAAUGGAAAGAUUUAAACUAACAAUUCCUGAUUUGAUAAUAGACAAAAGGCAAGGGUAUAAUAUGAUAAGGAAACAGACAAGACCAGUAUUAUUCGAAAGAAAGAGGGGAAGGCCGCAAAGCAGAGAAAACAGAUGUACGAAAAAGAGAAGGGAAAGUUCUAGCUCCAGUAGCUCUGAAUCAUCAGACACAUCCAGAUCAAGUAGUACAAGCUCAAGAGAAGAUGAAACGGUAACUGCUGUUAGGGAUCUACUUGAUCUGGAGGAUGACUUUCAAAUUGUGGAACCUUGUUACGAAGAGAAAUUAAGAAAAGAAAGUGAGGAAAGACUAAGAAUUGAAAAUGAAAGAAAAGAGAAACAGGAAAAAUUUAGAAAAGAGAAAGAAAGGCGAGAGAUAGCAGAGGUAAAGGAGAGACAAGAAAGGGAGGAGAGGCUAAGAAUUGAAAGGGAAAUAAAAGAAGAUGAAGCAAGGAAAGAGGCAGAGGAGAAAAAGAGAAAAGAGGAGGAACUUAGACUUGAGAAAGAAAGAAAAGAGAAAGAAGUGAAGGAAGCAGAGGAAAAGCAAAGGCAAGAAAGAGAGGAGAGACAGAGAGUAGAAAAGGAAAGGAAAGAGAAUGAAGCAAGGAAAGAAGCAGAGGAGAAAAAGAGAAAAGAGGAGGAACUUAGACUUGAGAAAGAAAGAAAAGAGAAAGAAGUGAAGGAAGCAGAGGAAAAGCAAAGGCAAGAAAGAGAGGAGAGACAGAGAGUAGAAAAGGAAAGGAAAGAGAAUGAAGCAAGGAAAGAAGCAGAGGAGAAAAAGAGAAAAGAGGAGGAACUUAGACUUGAGAAAGAAAGAAAAGAGAAAGAAACAAAAGAAGCAGAAGAGAAAAAGAGAAAAGAGAAGGAACAUAGACUUGAGAAAGAAAAGAGAAACAUGGAAGCAGAGAAAGAAAAUGAAGAAAAGGGAAGAGUAGAAGAAAAGAGACAACACACAAAGGACAAGGAGGAAAGACAUAGUAAGAAAACAGAAGAAAAACAAAAGAUCGAAAUAGUUACACUGAAUGUAGGAGGACGAAAAUUUUCAACUUUAAAUACCACCGUGAAAGGCAUAAUGGACAAAGUAGUGAUAAAUAAAGAUGAAUUGUUCAUUGACAGGGACAGUGAACUAUUCCCAUAUGUCUUAAAUCAUUUAAGAUACCGUCAACAAGGAGUGAUGAACCUGUCAAGGGAUCUUUUACCAUCAGACAGAGGAAGUUUGGCUGCAUUACAACUCGAGGCGAAAUAUUUCAACCUCCCAAAGCUGGAAAAACAGUGCAGUGACAAAAGGAUAAGUUUAAAAGAAAAUGUGUAAACAAGAAUAAAUAAAGUGUUGUAAUGUCAAAUAUAGACAGGAUGAUAAAAGGAAUAUUUAGAAAAUAAUUAUUCAAAGAUAAAAGGAAUUUUUAGAUAAAAGAAAUACAUAUGACAAAAGGAAUUUACCGAUAAACUAAGUAUCAGCAUGAUGAACAAACUAAAGGAACAGUAUUACAGAUAUCUUCAGUGGACUUUAAAAGAUUAAUUAAACUUUAUACAAAUACACAUUUAAUGUUUCCAGCUAAAUUUAGUGUUAACAAAUAUUUCAAAGUAAACAUUUUGCCAUAAUUUUUAUUAAGAAAUCUGUUAUCAAUUUCGUAAGAAUUAAUUAUCUUAACUUUAUUUGUGAGA